AGGUGCGUGGUAAUGAGAAAAAAAGAAAGAAGAAAGAAGAAAAAGAAGAAGAAGAAGAAGAAAAAAAAGAAGAAGAAGAAGAAGAAGAAGAAGAAGAAGAAGAAGAAGAAGAAGAAGAAGAAGAAGAAGAAGAAGAAGAAGAAGAAGAAGAAGAAGAAGAAGAAGAAGAAGAAGAAGACGAAGAAGAAGAAGAAGAAGAAGAAGAAGACGAAGAAGAAGAAGAAGAAGAAGAAGAAGAAGAAGAAGAAAGAAAAAACAGACACACUCACACACACAAUGCGAAUGGAGCCCAUGGGCUGAGUGGGGUGAACGGAGCGAGUCACAAAG